AUGAUUGAUACUAGUUUAUUCACGUUAUUAUCCUUAUUACUGGUAGCAGGAGUAUAUUCACAGAUUAACCGCUACUGUGAUUUGCACUGUUAUGGAGCUCCAAUGCAUACAGUUUGUCAAAGGAGUGCACAGGAAUGUGGUCCAGACCCAAGCUGCGGUCCGGAUUUUCGAAAGGUUCGUUUCACCCAUGAGCAUAGACAACAGAUAUUGGAUCAACAUAAUGAAUUGAGGAAUAAAGUUGCCAUGGGAAUGCAGCCAGGACAACCACCUGCGAGAAACAUGAAAGAGUUGACUUAUAAUAGGGAACUGGAAUUCAUCGUUCAAUGUUGGCUGAAUGCUUGCAGAGGAGAUCCAUUGGAGCACGAUCGUUGCAGAAGAACAGCUAAAUUUGAGGCUGUAGGACAAAACUUGGCUGCCAGCUAUAGCCAAACAGGUAUGAUGAGGUUAAAGAUUUCGAUCCUAGCAACAUUCCUUCUUAUCAUUGGGACAUGGACACUGGACACUACAGCCAGUUUAUCUGGGCCAAUACAUCGGAAAUCGGCUGUGCAGCCACGAUCUAUUCCUCUUUCAGAGGUGGUAGGAAGAUGUACCACUUUUUAUAUGGCUGCAACUACGGUCCAUCAGGAAAUUACGAAGGACAACCUGUAUAUGAGGAGGGAAUGCCAACUGUCCGGAGUGGUAGCAGAUAUACGGGAUUGGUAUAGGCGAGACUUUGAAUAUAUCUACUUAAUUGUCUUUUGUUCAGUAUUAUUGAAUAAAGAUGUUCACAACCAGUGA